AUGGUCUUUCAUCCGCCGCCUUGGGUUCCCCCUCUUCCAGAAAUCCCAGACUCUAUCACCGUUGAUGAAUUCGUCAAUAGCGAAGCAUAUGGGAGGAGAUCCUUUGCGGCUUCCAAGAGCCCUUACACAUGCGGUGUAACUGGUAAAUCUCGCAGCGCUGCAGAUGUUGCUGAGCGUGUCGAGUAUCUCGCUCGAGCGCUUGCCAAGAAUACCCAUCUUGAUCCUCUCGAAGGAACAGAAUGGGAUAGAGUCGUAGCCAUCUACUCUUUAAACACCAUUGACUACAUACCCGUCACCCACGCUGUCCACCGUCUUGAUGGCAUCGUCACUCCUGCAAGUGCUGCUCACUCGAUUUCCGAGCUUGAACAUCAGCUACGGUCUUCUGGUGCCAAGGCAUUGUUUACUUGUGUUCCAUUACUCGACAAUGCGCUGAAAGCAGCGCGAGCCGUCGGGAUUCCCGAGAAGAACGUUUUCCUUCUUCCAGUACCUGGAGUUUCAGCACCCAAUAAUGUGAAGACUAUUGAGAACUUGAUCUCUGAAGGAAAGGCCUUGCCGCCUGUGCCUGUUCAGAAAUGGAUCCCAGGACAAGGGAAGAGACAAGUAGCCUAUUUGUCUUACUCGAGCGGCACAUCUGGGCUUCCGAAAGCGGUCAUGAUUUCUCACUACAAUGUGAUUGCAUGCAUUGUUAUGAUACACACGUUUGAACAGGGGGACCAUCGAGGCGGUGUUUUAAACUCCCAGGUCUCUCUUGGCGUGCUCCCUUUCAGCCACAUUUACGGCCUCGUAGUCGUAGCCCACGUCGCGCACUAUCGAGGGGAUGAGGUCAUUGUUCUUCAGAAAUUUCAGCUGGAUCAACUGCUGGCGUCCAUCCAGCGAUUCAAGAUCGAGGUGCUAUACGUUGUGCCGCCCAUACUUGUUCAGCUUCUAAGCAACCACGACAAGUGUAAGAAGUACGAUCUCAGCAGUGUUCGUCUUGCUUUCUCAGGAGCUGCUCCAUUGGGUAGUGAGGCGAGCCACAAGAUGUUGGAACUCUUCCCCAAGUGGAAAAUCAGCCAAGGCUAUGGCCUGACGGAAGCUUCACCGUCAGUUUUACACAGUAGCGAAACAGACUCGCUGAUGGGGUCCUCUGGCUCCCUUCUGCCUGGUGUCAAAGCCAAGAUCAUCGAUCAAUAUGGCAAAGAAGUGACUGAACACGAGACACCAGGCGAGCUUUACGUGCAAUCACCCAGCGUGACUCUAGGGUACUUGAACAACGAAAAAUCAAACGCUGAGACAUUUGUGUGGGACAAGGAAGGACGAUGGCUAAGGACAGGCGACGAAGUGCUUGUGACGAAAUCUCCCGCCGGCUUUGAGCUUUUUGUGGUUGUGGAUCGGAUCAAGGAACUGAUCAAAGUCAAGGGUCAUCAAGUAGCUCCGGCUGAGCUCGAGGCUCAUCUCCUCGACCAUCCCCAUGUUUCUGACUGCGCCGUUAUUGGGAUCCACGACGACAGAGCAGGUGAAGUGCCGUUGGCAUUUGUGGUGAAGAGCAAGGAAGCCAGCAAUCUAUCGACAGAAGAAGUCGAAAGGUCUAUCCAUGAACAUGUUGAAUCGCACAAGGCGAGACACAAGUGGUUGAAGGGCGGCAUCAGGUUUUUGGAGCUUGUUCCCAAGUCUCCUAGCGGGAAGAUCUUACGGCGAGUGUUGAGGUCUCAGGCUGUUCCCGUGGGUAAGAAGGAGCUUUCAAAACUCUAG